AGGUCCCAUAACCAUCCGAGCUUAUUGCUGACAGCCCCGAGGAAAGGCCUCGCUAGUAAUUAAGGCAGACACCAGACGAGAUGGGACGUGAUGGCGUCCGUUUAAGCACCCAACCUUGCCCUAACGACGAAUGAUGUCCGGGUGUGGCAUAGCAUGGGGGCACUGCUUGAUUUCGAACACCACUUUUAGCCCCCAAGCUCGACAAUGGCAGCCUGAUAGUCGUACAUAAGGCCGGCAGAGACACUAAUACAUAAAAAAUGCUUGUUGACAUUCAUUGCUCUUCGCCUUGAUACUCCAUCAACAUCAUCACGAAAAUGGAUUCACAGCAGUUGAAUGAUGCGAAGCUGCAGCCAGAUCCGCUCUUCUCCCACCCUCCGACUUCGAUACGCGCAGGCGCACACGAUGAGAGUCAAUUCGCACCACAGACUGAAACCAACCCAUUAGAAGUACGCUCAGCUUCGUCUGUUCAAGCUACCCCAGAUUAUCUAAACCGUGGAGAUCCUUUCAAACAGCAUACACAACAUGGAGAUGAACCGCCUCCGCCGUAUGAACUCCAAGAUCCAUCAAACGCCCCAGCUUCUGCAGAUCCAAUUGAGUAUGCCUUGAGGAAUCAUCCGUAUCCGGCCGUUGCCGGACAGCAGAGACUCCCGCUGAGUCGAGGUCAAUCAAUGGCAAGUCAGAGUUCGAAUUCCACAAUUGCGAAUUCGUUAGUACCAUCGCCGCUCCAUGUUAUACCUGCACGAGCACCAUCAAGUUCAAGGGCACCGGAACCAGCUCAAGCGUUCUCUUCAGCGAAGGCUCGCGAGGCUGGCUUCGAAAUCGAGCCAGAUCACAGAACACCCCAAAUGUCUAGCUCAAUGUCAAGCUCGACCAUCAGUGCCAGCAGUCUCCCUAGGAUAACGAUUCUUUCUUCCACAGAAGCCCUCCAACAUACCCGAGAACCAGGAAAACUCACUGCUUACUUGAUACCAUUUCCCAAACCACGACUAAAGGAUGUGCAACCAGGAGGAGUCCCCGAUCGAUUCCUCGUCUUCACGCCGCUGCCACCACCACUUGCUAAGCCAGCUCCGGGGGAGAAGGAGAAUGGCUGGCGGAAGACUCGACGACAGUGGCAAGAAGACACCAGAAAAGGCCUGAUGAGGAACGCCUCACUGGCUACUUGGGCUGGGAUGAAAGCGAAAUCUUCCAAGCUCCUUACCAAGAGCGUAGACUUGACUCGUUCCUCGAAUGUCGAGUUCUUGGAUAGAGUCGCUGCUGACUCGAUUGCGUCUGUAAAUGUGGACGAGACAUCCGCAUCCGCCUCGUCGAGGGGCAUACCUGAACCCACCCAGGGCGCUGUUGAAUUGCCUUCCCCCGUGCCCACUGCGGCUCCACACGGAGUCGCCGAGCUCGAAUCACCACUUCAUCCUUCCAUGCACGCAGGCAUUGCGGAAUUGGAAUCACCAAGCAACGACGCUAUACCAGCAGGCGUGGCCGAACUUCCAACCCCCAUAGGACCGCAGGAAAAGAUAGCCUCUCAGAAUGCAUUACCACCAUCAUCCAUCAUAUCUCCAAUGCGAACAGGAACGACUGCCAGAGCCCCACCCCCACCAGCCGUGAUCUCGCCAAUGUCCACAGGAUCUUCAUAUCGCUCUACAACUUCCGACUCAUCCACUCAAAUCGGAUCCCCAGCACCUAGCAGAUCGUCAAGCAUCCCAAUGCCAGCAGGAGGAGCCGUAGAGCUCGAUGCCCCGGUACCUUCCGCCGCGCAAAUCGGCCGCAUCGAACUCGACACGACUCCAUCCUCCACCGCAACCACACGUACCGAUUCCAUCAACUCCCAAGAAAAAGAAAAGGAGAGGGAAAAGAUCCUCGACCAACUAACUCUAAUCUACCCCCCCUCCAUCGCCCUCCCGCCCACAGAAAUCCGCAAAGAGUUCCUCGACUCCCUCACCCGGCUCGGCGACCGCUCCCGCAAAGACGCCUACAAGGCCUCCGCGAUUCUCCCCAUCGCCGCGACACUCGAUGCCUCUCUCAUCGUCACGCUCGGCAGCCUGUCCGAGGUGUCCGGCAUGUGGGCCUACAACUCGUUCCUCGGCGCGAAGGUCAGCAGGAAGCUCGUCCGGGGCAUCGAGAUCGGCGGCCGGGAUCCCUCCACGCCGGACCUUUCCGCCGCACAGGUAUCCAAGACGCCGCUCUGGAAGAAGACGCUCACGAAGGCGCAGGGCAAGGAGAAGGAGAGGGAGAAGACGGACGAGGAGAGGAGCAUCGAGCUGUGCAUGCAGGAGAGCGCGCAGGUUGAGAUUCUGAGACGGUAUCUAGAGCUUGCGUGCUUGGAGGCCGACUUCCACAUGUUUCCGCAAAUCGAGGCGGCGGCGGGAGAUGUGAGCGAGGGGACGGUGCUGGAAGCGAUUGGGUGGCGGCCUACGAGGAGACAGGGCAGGGAUUUGGAGUAUGAAAUGAAGGAGAAGGUUACGACGACGUUGACGCCUGAGCAGGAUGAGCAGUGGCAGAGGAAGGAGGCGAAGGCGGAUGUGAAGAAGUUGUUUAAGAAGGGGGCGGUGGAGUGGGCGGCGUGGUGUAAAGCGUUUAAUAAGGACCCCGAGGGUGCUUUGAGGAAGUAAUCGAAUAUAUGUUUAGUGUAGACGUGUAGAAUAUAACACAAUCUGGUUCGAUAGACCGAUCAAUACGCGUAUGUUUAGC